AUGCCCCCACACGACGACGAGUGGGCCAUUGAAGACGUCGACGUCCCCGAUGGUCUCGCUGAACUGUUCACAUCCCUCGUCCCCGGUCUCCCACCCAGGCGCGAUACAGCACACUCUGCGGCGCGCAUGUCCCGCUCCUUUGUCGCAGAUUACAUUGCUGCGACUGCAGAACGCAACGCAGCCUCUCAACGAGACGCCGAGUCCAACGCAGGCGAAGCGUCGACUACCGUCGCCGCGGGCCCGUCCAGUUCUUCGUCAUCUGUCACAGCAGACCCAUCUGCUCCUCGACAGAACAGCGCCCUCACACUGGAACACAUCCUUGGCCCGCCACCUCGCGCGUCUCCCUCCCCCGAACGUCGAGUCAUCGUUCCAUAUCACGUCCGUCGCACAAGCGCCUGGCGCUUCUCUGCCGGCGCAGCACAAGCCCAGAACCCGCCCAACUCGAGCUCUUCCCCCAUGCUCGGCAUGAGCUGGCCCAACGACGGUAUCGACGGCCCCCGCGAGCGUUACCCAUGGACCAACGCGAUUGCCACUGCACGCGCAGCGGGAUACGGGAGUGCCAGUGCGAGUCGCCGCGCCAGUGCCAGUGGGCCCAGCAGUGGCGAACCGCCUGCCCCGGCCGAUGAAGUACCGCCACCUCGCUCGCGCGCUCGCCGUACAAUCCUCGCCGACUCUGCUCCUCGCCCGCGACCUGGUACUGUUCCCCAGGUGACAUUGACAGGACGUGACACUCUCUACUCAUCCAUGCGUGGUACGGGGGCAGCGGCGAUGGACCCCCCUACAAAUGGCACCAACGAACGCAUGGCCACCCAAGUCCUCCGCCGACCUGGCCGCCGAGGCGACCGUACAAUGUACGUCUACGACCCAGAAGACUUGGGUUACAACGACCCGCUGUGGGAUUUCCUCGGCGAGCCCGAAGAGAGCGACGAAGACGACGACCGGUGGGGCAUGUUUGUCGGGGCCCAGCCGACGACCAUUGCAGCGGGCACAGGCGUCGCUACGGGUUUUACAACAGCAGCGGGUGCAGGCGUAGGCGCAGGCGCCGACGGUCCGUCUGCUGCGGACAUGCUCGAUCUGGACGGGUGGGGCGGAUCUCCCGAGACGGGCGCCUCGCUGAGUCGAGGACGCUUCAACCGCCGUCGCGCGCAGAGCUUCCGUUCCUCCACCCGUGGUGAAGCCGACAAUGUUGACGGCGACCACUUUAUGAUCGACUUUAGCCCACGCACACGUUCAUGGGCACCGACAAACCGCAACGACGUCGAGGGAGCGCCCAGUCCUGAAGUUGUCGGUGCCGAGGCUGCCACAACACCUGGGCCGCUUGGACGCCGUAGUCGCGAGCGUGAGGACCAAGACGGCGGGGACAGCAACAAUCCCAAGCGCAGGAAACGCGACAGGGCGACCGUCCACCCACACUACCUUUCCCUCACCGACCUCCCGCCGUCUACUCUGCUUCCAUCCGACUUUGCGCCUCCGCCUCACGACUCGCACCUCGAGCUCAGUGUCGACACACGUACCGCUGCACCACACCCAGUCGUCACUUUCGGCACGCGCAACAUCAAGAGCCUGCGCGACCUAGACGAGGACGCGCGUUCUGUACGUACCAACCGCCCCAUACCCAACGGUAUCGGAGUCUACUACUACGAGGUGGACGUGCUCGACAAGGGCGACAAGGGCUUCAUCUCUGUCGGAUGGAUGAACGGCGACAACAGCCUCAAGCGUCUUGUUGGAUGGGACAGGGGCGCGUAUGGGUGGCACGGUGACGACGGCAAGGUGUUUGAGGGUGAGGAGAAAGAAGGACUCAAGUUUAGCGACACUUGGGGUGCCGACGACACGGUCGGCUGCGGCAUCGACUAUACCACUGGCCGCGCCUUCUUCACCAAGAAUGGUGUCUUCCAGGGCAACGCGUUUGCGCGUCUCCCACACAACCUCUACCCGGCCGUCGGGAUGCGCACGGUCAACGAGUCGGUCGCCGUCAACUUUACUGGGCCGUUCAAGUACGACAUUGACGCGCACGUGCGCGCCAUCAACGAAAAGGUCGUCAAACAAGUGCUCGCCCCGCCCAAGACGACCUUUGCCGCCUGGUCGGCCCCCAAGACCGUCGUGCCCCGUCUCGCAGGGCUUGGAGAGAGUUCCGGCGACUUGCCCAAAGUCAAGCCGUCUACCACCACUGUGGAUCCGCGCAAGACCAAGGGUACUCGUAAAAAGCACGCCAAGGGCCCAGCCGACCCCCACGAUAUCCCGUCUGCUCUCCCUCCCGACUCGCCACUGCAAGACCCGGCCUCGCGCGCCACUGCCGCCUUUGUCCUCGACCACCUCUCGACCGCAGGCCACGGCCGCACCCUCGCGUUGGUCAAGCAGGCCAUGGCCAAGCGCGGCUGGCUCGUGCCCGCCGACGCCGAGGCGCACGAGCCCGACACCGUCGUCCCGCCCAGACCCACCGACGUCGACUCGCCAGCUGACAGCUUUGCGUCCCCCACGGCCGCUCUCCUCGCCCUGGCACGUGCCAUUGCGGACGAAAGCCACGAGCGCGGACGCAUCCCCUUCGUCCUCGUCGAGAGCCUGCCCCCGCUCCCAGAGGACAUUGGACGCCGGUUGAAGGUAUACGACUUUGCCGCGGCUGCAUCCGCGGCCGCUGCGGCAUCUGCCACGCGGGCGGACAACGACGCAAUAGCCAUCGACGGCGACGGCGACGGCGACGGCGACGGCGACGGCGACGGCGCGGUCUCGGAGACCAACUCGGACAUGGACACGGACUCGCGCGUCCUCUGCCUGGGCCGGGACCUGCGCCGGCAGGCGCGGGACGACCGCUGGUCUCCGGGCGACAUUGAGCUGCUCGACCACGCGGCGUCGCUGCUUGCGCUCGGCCCUGGUUCUGGCGGCGCUGGCGCUGGCGCUAGUCCAAACGACACGGCGGUUCACGCCCUGCGCGACAGUCGACGCCGGGACGCCGUCGAGGUCGACCGCGUCCUGCGCGAACAGCUGGGCAUCAAGGCCCAGUCGUACCUCCACCUGGCGAUUGCGCAGACCCAGCUCGUACACGAGGUGCUCCGCGGGAGGGGGGAGGGGUACGCCAGUAUGGUCGGCGUGGAUGAUGUGCUGGGCAAGCGGAAGCGCGUGGCAGAGGCGGAGAGUAGCAGCAAGGAGGAGGGUGUGUGA